UUUUAUUAAUUACUGCCACAGAGCUAGCAAACAAAAUGUUGGGUUUAGCCAGUAUUUCUUAAAACCUGUUCUUCCGUCAAAAAUAUAGAGCUGGUUAUUAAGUCGAUCUUCCUAGGCAAAAAAAAAAAUGGCAUGGUUCCUAAGAAUUUAUAAUUUUAGAAACCGAAGAAAAUGAAUUUAGGUUGAGCGUUAAAACAACUAUUCAUUUCAAUAUUCGUUCUUAUAUACGAACUAUUCUAUUUUGGCUUGAUCUCUAACCUGUUCGACCUACCAAGUUCAACCCUUUGCCACUUACGGUUAGGCAAAUCGCUAUAUAUAUUUUCUCGCUGACAUUCUUGUCGCAUUGUACAGCCAGCAACGUAACCAUUUAGACCAUCUCUGUUAAAAUUAUUACUGUUCCAUCACGCCAUGAGUGAUGAAUCUUCUUGCCGUUUUCUUGUCACUGGUGGUUCAGGUCCCAUUGGUUUCCACAUAGGCCUACGUCUUCUUCAACUUAAACACGAAGUGAUACUGUUCGAUAUCAACUAUCCCUCAGAGAAAUGGGAUUCCAAUAUCCGAUUUUCUUCUGAAGGCAACAGUGGAGAAAUAGAAGAAAUGACGUGUUCAUUUGGAAAGAUGAAAUUUGUCAAAGGAGAUGUACGAGACAUUAACAUACUGAUGAAAAUUACCCACAAUGUUACUUGUGUCAUUCAUACCGUUGGUUAUGGAAUGUCCGGUGAACAGCAAAUUCCUCGUUACUUUAGCAUGAUGGAAGAGAUCAAUGUGCAUGGAACACGGAACGUUAUCGAGGCGUGCGCACACAACCACGUCAGAGGUCUGGUGUACACGAGUACCACCAACGUCAUAUUUGGCGGAGAUGCCAUACUCAACGGGGACGAAAGUUUGCCUUACUUUCCUUUACAUCGCCACGUCGAUCACUAUUCUCGCACGAAAGCCAUUGCAGAACAACUGGUUCUGACCAGCAAUGGUAGGGGUGAUCUACAAACGUGCGCAUUAAGACUGACCGGUGUUAUGGGACCAGGCGACACACGAAUUUUGCCACGUGCAACUUGGGCUAUAAAAAACGGCUUUCUUAUGUUUAAUAUCGCCGACCAACACGGUGCCUUGAUUGACUGGAUUGGGAGGGAUAACGCUGUCCAAGGCCAUGUCAAGGCUGCGUUAAAACUGGCUAAUCUUGACCGCAAGAAUCCUAAAAUAGGAGGGCAAGCUUUCUUUCUUUCCGAUGGACGACCGAUCUCUGGUAUUGACUACCUCAAACCGAUAUAUCAACAUUACGGACAGCCUUUACCCACUGUUACAGUACCAUUGUGGAUCGCGCGAUUUUUUGUUCUUUUGUUUAUGUGGAUACAAAGUUUACUGUUUGCUUUCUCCAUAGACUUUGUUCCAGUUUGCAAUCAUUCUGAAUUUCAAAACAGUUUCAUCACCCACUACUUUUCCAUUGACAAAGCCAGGAAAUAUUUAGAUUACGAACCAGUAAAACCAAAUGACUUGUCCGAUGUAAUCGACAGUUUAGCGAAAAACGAAGUGCAGUAUAACGUUCAUUAUUGAACGUAUAAUAUAUAUAUAUAUAAAUAUCAUGUAUUUUAACUGGGCAAAAUUGUGCUUUUAUAUUUAAUUCGAUGCAAGAUAUACUAUAUUGGAAAAGAUCUAAAAAAACAUAGAACAUGUCUAACUAGUAUGCUAGAACAAUAGUAUAAUGGCAAUGAAAUUGCUUAAUUAACUAAUUAAGGAACGCUUUAUGACUCUGCCCACAGUUUAAAAAAAGGGGUAGAAUUAGCAAUGAAUUAUUUGCACAUUAAACGUCUGACACACUUUGUUUCUUCCAAUGUGUAAAGCUAAAUUCAGUUAAUAAAAGGACGUCUUUGACUGGUC